AUGAUUGCUGAAUUUGAUCCAAUUAUGCAAGAACAUGUUCGACGUAUUCAAAAUAGUGAAAUUCAUAAUCAUUAUUUAGGACAUAGAAUUCAAAAUGAGUUGAUUCAAAUAUUAGCGAGUGAAGUGAAAAAUGCAAUUUUGAAAAAAGUUAAAGAAGCAAAAUAUUUUUCAGUUAUACUUGAUUGUACUCCUGAUUUAAGUCAUCAAGAACAAAUGUCUCUUAUAUUGAGAUGUGCAGAUAUCUCAACUAGUCCAAUAAGAGUGGAAGAAUAUUUUUUAGGAUUUUUAAAAGUUGAUGAUACUUCUAGAAAAGGCAUGACUAUUUGGUUUGAUAUUUUGUUUGUUGUCAAUUCAAUUAGUAAAAAUUUACAAUGUAAAAAUAUGGAUAUUGACAAUGCUAUAAAUCAGUUAGAUAGCCUUCUUUCUUAUUUUGAAAAUUAUAGGAAAGAUGGAUUUGUUUCUGUUAUAAUUUCAGCUAAAGAAAUUGCAAUUGAAAUAGAAAUUGAGCCUAAAUUUUGUGAAAAACAUGUGAUUCGUAAGAAAAAACAAUUUGAUGAAAUAAUUGAUGAUGAUGAUAUAGUAAAAUCUGUUGAAUAA